GCCCUUGCGGGCAAAGGCUACGAAGCUUCGCUGCUUGCCACCGCUGCCGCUGGCGCUGCCGGAACACUCCGGAAGACAGCCAGCAGAGGAGGCCUGGAGGUCUCCAGAGAGGUGCAAGAGGUGGCGCGGCUGCAUGAGGAAGCCGCCAAAGAGGUGAAGUCAACUCUCGUUGCGGGGAAGGUGAAUGCCCGUGGCAAGGUCAAAAUGAUCAUCAGCCUCGACAAGGCGUAUCACCGGCUGCGAUACCUCUGCGCGUCUUUCCUCGGCGCGCCUGCAACCGAAACCGUGCCUGCCCCUCAUGUCUACUUUGCCUCCUUCCUGCCGUCCGGCGAUGGUGUCCAGCGGACUCUGCGGCAGAUGUCCGAAGCUGCAGGGACGGAGGUUGCAGCGGAAGCGGGGCAGAUGCUUGGGCUUGGAGAGUCUCUUGAGGAGAACCCUCUUGCAAGUUUGCUGCAAACGCGCUGGGUGGAAUCUGGUGCCCUUCUGGCGGCAGCGGAUCUCCUCCCCUCUUUGGGCGACUGCAGCGAUGGGCCACCUGGAGACACCAUGAAGAGCCCCGACCCCAGGACAAGCCAGCUGGUCCGCGAGUGGCGCGAUUCCGUUAGAGUGUGGGCUUGCCACCUCUACUCCUACGCGGUUCCCUCGGAGAGGGCCCUGCGGCGCUUGGCCGCGGAAGCCCCGCUGCUGGAGAUCGGCGCGGGAACUGGGUACUGGGCCUACAUGUUGCGGCGCCGCUCCGUUGUGGUGCAUGCCUACGACAUCCGUCUGGCACGGGAUGACAACGAGUACCACGGCCAUAGCCCAGCCUGGACAAGGGUGGAGAGAGGUGGGCCUGAGGCCGCGGCGAACCAUGCAGGAUCAGCGCUGUUCCUGUGCUACCCGCCGCCAGGAAACAUGGCGCUUCAAGUGCUGAAUUUCUUCCCGGGCGACCGGGUGCUUCUCGUCGGGGAGUGGAGUGGAGACACUGCGUCGCAGAAGUUUCAGGAGAAGCUGAUGCAGACCUUUGAGUUGGUGGAGACCGUGCCGCUGCCCAACUGGGCCGACACGGCUGCGGCGCUGUCCGUUUGGCAGCGUCGCCACUGGGCAACAGGGGUCAAAGAGAUGUGA